AUGAUCUUUCAAAUAUGGGUCGUUUCUGUGUUGUGCGCUGGUGCACUCGCAGCUCCAAGACUCGCCAACUCCGCUGGAUCGGCCGAAAAAGCGGCCGACAUGAAUAUCCUGGCCGAGUACUUUCACAUGUUAGGAAAGAAGGUACAAGCUGGAAAGCAUAUGGCAAGGGCACCGGCGUGCGAUCUUCAAAACGCCGUUUUGCCAGUUUCGACAACGCAACCCCUACCGGCCGUGACUGAAGGACUGAUCUUGAAGCACGUGGCGGUAGGACGAGGAACUCAGAACUAUACCUGCGAUACCACGAACGCAACCGCGAUCCCGGAAGCAGCCGGCGCCGUGGCUACACUUUACAACACCUCCUGUCUAGCAUCUUCCUUCCCCGAUCUCCUCGCCAAGAUACCAGAGGUCUCGCUCCAAUUCAACCUCACGGAUGCCAACCAGAAGUUUCUCUCGCCAUGCAACCUCGAGAUCUCUGGCCACCACUACUUCUCUAACGGGACCACACCCGAAUUCGACUUGAACAGCGCCGGGUUGGGCCUCGGGUUCGCGCCGUGUCAGAAAGAAGCUGGCGUCCCUGCUCCUGCCGACACCACGCUGGGGCAAGGCAACGUGGGCUUCGGCACUGUCCCAUGGCUCAAACUGACUACCAGAGAUGGGGCCACUGGUGGUCUGGAGGAAGUCUACCGCGUUAACACUGCGGGGGGGAACCCACCCCCAACGUGCGCUGGCAUGCCCGCGACAUUCGAGGUUCAAUACGCCACUGAGGCAAUUAAUGGCAUGAAUGAUUCUUCCGCCUUUGAAGUUCCGAUGCGUAGCGGAUCGAGCGAGCGAGCGAACACGUCUCUCUCUCUCUCUCGCUGGCAGUUUGACCUGAUGAGGCUCUGCGCAACGCUGGAGCCGGUGCGCGGCUCGUUCGCUUGGAGUGUGCGUGCGGUAUCCGCCGUCGAGAAUAAGCUCUGGUACGGUAAUCCCGACGUUCAGAUAGAUCCUCACCCCCUUUGA